AUUUCCUAAUCUAUCUAAAAAAAAUUUCAAGAAUUUCUGUAAUAUAAUAUGCUACUAGAUUAUUGUUUUUCACUAAAGCUUACUUUUUUUAUCGAAAUAAAACUAUCUUUAUCAGAAAGCUUUUUUUAAUGUGGCCAUAUGUUUAAAUACACGCUAAAUUAUUAUAAAUUUUAAUUUUUUAUUUAUAGGACACAUAAUAAAUUAUGAUUUUUUUUUAAAAUGCACAUGUUUUUAUCAUAUAUAGAUUUAUAUAUAUAUAUAUAUAUAUAUAUAUAUAUAUAUCAAAUUUUAUAAUAACGAGUAUGGAAAGAAAUUUUCACUACAAGAUGUGUAUAAAAGACCCAAACUUCUAUGUGUUGAAAUAGACUUUUGUUACAACUUACAACACAUGGUUACAAGUUUUAAAAACAGAAAUGUUACUUGAAUAUCUGUUGUAUAAGCUAAAAUGAUAAUAUGACCGGUUGGUUACUUUAACUCACAGAAAAUAAUUGCCUAGGUGGCCAGAGCUUAACACAUGGCUACAAGUUUUAAAAACAAAAAUGUUACUUGAAUAUGUGUUAUAUAAGCCAAAAAUGAUAAUAUGACCAGUUAGUUACUUUAACUCACAGAAAAUAGUUACAUAGGUGGCCAGGGCUUAUAACACACCUAAAUGUUCAAAAAAUCAAUUGAUAUAUUUACUUAAUUAAGAAAAAGAAAUUAAAAAACAACGAAUUGACUUCCCAAAAAUUACUGGCUUCCAUAAUCUGGUAAAAACUUUUUAUUAUAUAAAUCAUCUCGACCUAUCCAAUUUUUUUACUAAAUCAUCUUUGUUUCACAACACAAUAAACAAAACUAUACACUUUGAAUUACACAUUCACGGUACUUAUGGCAGCUCAAGUUUUAAAUAAAACUUAUAGGGCAUUCAUGAUUUUAACUUUAUUUACAGUGAUUUGUUUGAUACAAAUUUCUGAUUCUAUCCCAGGAGAUGUGUGUAUAAAAGAUUGUGUCAUAAAUCAAUGCAUGAAAGCAUCAAAAAAAGCAACUCCGGCAAUUUGUGACAACCCGUGCAAGAUCAUUUGUGAUCCAAUGAAUAAUGAGCGAUACGUUACCCCUAGUCAAGGUUAUCGAAAUCCUGUAAAAAGGUUUUGCGAAACAUUUAGCUGGAUAUGUCAGUAACUGGGAAAAUAUUUCUACAACAAAACUGGAAAACUAAGCGUCUAAUUUAUUUGUAAUGUAUAUUUAUAUGUUAUAUUGUUUGAGCUAUAUAUAUACCUCAUUAAAAGUAUAUGCUAUUUAAAAAAAUUGUAAUUAUUCGAUCAAAAUAUGCUUAUCAUAAAAAAAAAUUUAGGUUCCAUUUUUAAUCUCUUAAAAAUCAGCACUGAAAUUGUGAUUGUAUUUGUGAAAUCAUAUUAUAUAAGUAAAAAAUGGAAAAUAUUUCUAUUACUUUAAAAAUAUAUUUCAUAUUAUAUAAAGAAAAUAUUUCUAUUACUUUAAAAAUAUAUUUCAUAUUAUAUAAAAAAAUUUAGGUUCCAUUUUUAAUCUCUUAAAAAAUCAGCACUGAAAUUGUGAUUUUUUUGUGAAAUCAUAUUAUAUAAGUAAAAAAUGGAAAAUAUUUCUAUUACUUUAAAAAUAUAUUUCGUAUUAUAUAAAGAAAAUAUUUCUAUUACUUUAAAAAUAUAUUUAUUUUAUAUUGUAUAAAGUAUGUUUUAAAGGAAUUAUAUUUAUUUUUAAUAUCAAAAAUAUCUUUUGUGAACUUUUCUUUUUAAUAAAAUCAUAUUAUAUAUACAUUUAUUUUUAUUUUUAAAUCCGUUUUAAACUUUUUAAAUGUUUCAUUUUUAUUAUAUAUGUUAUUUGUAAAAAGUAAAAAAGAUACUAAAUAAAAAUUUACUAGUAGUAUUUAAAUUUAAUACUUUAAAUUCAUUAAAGGUACCUCUUAGGAAACUGAUUUCCUUUGUCGUUCAUUUAAUUCGAAAGAACUAGAAAACCUUUUUAAAAUGGAAAAAUUAUAAAUAACAAAUCUUCUGUUUCAUUCCCCUAUUAUUUUGUUCUAAUUCUUUUUUCUCUCUCUUCAAUCCUAUUGUUUUUAGUUGUCUUAACGGACCUUUUGUAUACUACUAUCGGAAUCUUGGUUAUUUAUGUAUUUAAAUUUUAAUAUUUCUCAGAUUUGUGUAUGUCAUCCUUGCGCAGGGGCCAUAAACAAUUUUAAUAUGUUUCUAUAUUUGUCUCAGGUAUU